AUGGACUAUUCGUACGACGAGGACCUGGACGAGCUGUGCCCCGUGUGCGGGGACAAGGUGUCCGGCUACCACUACGGGCUGCUCACGUGCGAGAGCUGCAAGGGCUUCUUCAAGCGCACGGUGCAGAACAACAAGCACUACACGUGCACCGAGAGCCAGAGCUGCAAGAUCGACAAGACGCAGCGCAAGCGCUGUCCCUUCUGCCGCUUCCAGAAGUGCCUGACGGUGGGGAUGCGCCUGGAAGCCGUGCGUGCUGACCGCAUGCGAGGUGGCCGGAACAAGUUUGGGCCCAUGUACAAGCGGGACCGAGCCCUGAAGCAGCAGAAGAAGGCACAGAUUCGGGCCAAUGGCUUCAAGCUGGAGACAGGCCCCCCAAUGGGGGUGCCCCCGCCGCCCCCUCCCCCACCGGACUACAUGCUGUCCCCUAGCCUGCACACACCUGAGCCCAAGGGUCUGGCCUCUGGUCCCCCUGCUGGGCCACUGGGCGAUUUUGGAAGUCCAGCACUGCCCAUGGCCGUGCCCAGCACCCACGGGCCACUAGCCGGUUACCUCUACCCUGCCUUUCCUGGCCGUGCCAUCAAGUCUGAGUACCCGGAGCCCUAUGCCAGCCCCCCGCAGCCUGGGCUGCCCUACGGCUAUGCAGAGCCCUUCUCCGGAGGGCCUGGUGUGCCUGAGCUCAUCCUGCAGCUGCUGCAGCUGGAGCCGGACGAGGACCAGGUGCGGGCACGCAUCGUGGGCUGCCUGCAGGAACCGGCCAAAGGCCGCCCCGACCAGCCCGCGCCCUUUGGCCUCCUGUGCAGAAUGGCUGACCAGACCUUCAUCUCCAUCGUGGACUGGGCACGCAGGUGCAUGGUCUUCAAGGAGCUGGAGGUGGCCGACCAGAUGACCCUGCUGCAGAACUGCUGGAGCGAGCUGCUGGUGUUUGAUCACAUCUACCGCCAGAUCCAACACGGCAAGGAGGGCAGCAUCCUGCUGGUCACUGGGCAGGAGGUGGAGCUGACCACGGUGGCUGCCCAGGCAGGCUCCCUGCUGCACAGCCUGGUGCUGCGGGCGCAGGAGCUGGUGCUGCAGCUCCACGCGCUGCAGCUGGACCGCCAGGAGUUUGUCUGCCUCAAGUUCCUCAUCCUCUUCAGCCUUGAUGUGAAGUUCCUGAAUAACCACAGCCUGGUGAAGGACGCUCAGGAGAAAGCCAACGCUGCCCUGCUUGAUUACACCCUGUGCCACUACCCGCAUUGCGGGGACAAGUUCCAGCAGCUGCUGCUGUGCCUGGUGGAGGUGCGGGCCCUGAGCAUGCAGGCCAAGGAAUACCUGUACCACAAGCACCUGGGCAACGAGAUGCCCCGCAACAACCUGCUCAUUGAGAUGCUACAAGCCAAGCAGACUUGA